CGAAACACUUCCUUAAAUUUUCAAUUUCCUAUCCAUUUUUCCAUUUUCUUCUUUGAUUAUGUUACUUUUUGGAUAAAAUCUUUCUGAAUUUGGGUGUGUUUUCAGUCAUUAUUACAGUAGCUGUGUACAAUCCUGCUUAUUGGGGGUAUUAUAUUGCGGAAAAUUAGGGUUUUUUGGGGGGAAAUUAACUGUUUUGUACCUUUCAUGACUCAGCUUAGAAGUUAGAAAUGGAAAAAACAACUGAAACUGCUGCCUCUGGAUCUAGAUACUCCAAUGUGACCAAGUCAUUUAAUGGAUGCCUGCGUUUUUUGCUCACUGAAUUUUCUUUUGAGGACUUCUCGAGAGCUUUCCCUAAAUUUUCUGGAGCUGAGCAAGACCAGCUGUACCAGCUAUACGUACAGGUCAUUACAUCGUUACAUGAAACUUUGCAGGACGAUUUCAGGUCAAUAUGCCUUGAGACACAGGUGGGUACCAUUUUAGACACUGUAGAGCACCAUGUGGAGCAAAGAAGUCUAGACCCUUUAUGUUCACAAAAAACAAAUCUUGGUCAUGUUAAGCAUGAUCUAUUGGCUAUGGAGCAGGAUGAGAUCCAGUCAUUGGAGCAGUUGCUAAACAAGGUUGAAGAUGAGAAACAUAGCAUCAAAGCUCAGUGCAAACUCCUUAAAAAGAAGCAUGAAGAUUCGUCUGUCGCUCCUGUUGCUAUGAAAGAGGUUUCAUCAUAUACUAUUGAUCGCAGAUAGACUCGCUGAUAACAAAAUACGGAAGCCACAGUGAUGAAGUGUUUGAACAUCUCUAGUAGGUGAUAAUUGAGAUACAAUACAAGAGAUCUUCUAAUCUAGGCUACAACAGAAACGUAAUUUGUUGAAGAUGCUACAUUGCACGAAUGUAUGUAUAUAUAUUUAUGUGGCUGUCAUAAUUCAUGCUAAUUUUUGCUAAUAUGCACUUCUAGUUUGUCUUUGCUCUUGGAAGAUACUUAAUUAUUAUUUUUGAAACUGUAUGUUUACUUGGAAGCAAAUGAGAAUUCAGUGAUCGUGAUGUGUUUGUUUUGCACUGUGGUUUCAGGCUUCGAAAGCAAUGCUUAGGCCUAGGCAUGAAAUAUUUUAAAUUUUUUCAUUUUCAAACAAAAUAUAGAAGUAUAUAUUUUUCAUUUUUACAUAUAAUUGUUUGUUGGUUAUUUAUUACAGAAAAAGUGAGCUAAAAUGUCAAAUGUCAAUAUCUAAUGAUAAAUACUCAUAACAACUUUUUAAUUUUAACUUAAAAUUAUUUUAAAAACACUUUUUUGGGCUAUUUAGCCUACUAAAAUGGCAUUAGCCAAACACUACUAGCUUGCCAAUUCAAACUUUUAGUGUUCAUCUUGAAUUGAUCAAGUUAUGAGAGUAUUGUCAUCCUUUCAGAUUUGUUCUAUAUUGCUUAUUUGGACUAAUAAAAACUAAUCUAUCUCUGUGCUUAAGAUAAGAAUAUUUAUAACAAGAUUCACCUUAUUAGAUCUUACUUUUUAAACAUCAUUUGAAGUUAUCAACCAUCAUAACUUGUUACCUAUUAUAAGCUUUUUUUUGGUACAAGAUAAUCUGAGGGAAGGGAGAGAUCAGGUAAGGAAAAUUUGAAUAAAAUAAGAUUAUUUAACAACUUAAUUCCAAAAAUAAGCUUCGUGAAAACUUAAUUUCCAAAAUAAGCGUCUGUACAUCCAAACCUAGCCUUGAAGUAAAUCGCUGUUACUAACAGCGAAAGACAAAAAAAAAAAUAAAUAAAUAAAAGCCAUAAGUCGAUGUUACUAACAACGACUUAGGGAGUUGACCAGUCAACUCCUUAAGUCGCUGUUAGUAACAGCGACUUUAAGGUUAACUAGUCAACUUCUUAAUCUCGUAGGUUGGAAUGAGAAAGUAACUGAAAACUGAAAACUUAAAACGCAUUAAGUCACUGUUAUUAACAGCGACUUAAAAAAAUAAUUUUUUUUAAGUCGCUGUUAGUAACAGCGACUUAC